CCAGCUGAUAGAGAGAUGCUCGUGUGAUGUGAGGCACUUCAUCGUGUGUUUAAACAAACUACCUGUACACUGUACGCUCAUACUAGUGACCAGUUCUGGGUCGUUAUCAUAACGAAUAAAUUAGCAAGUGUUGAUGGCAGUACCAGUAGAUUAAAAAGAAUCAGUUAUAGUUACACCUACGUGAGAUCUGUGAGAACCCUCGCAGCGUUCACUCUGAAAUCUGCCGUGCCUUCUGCUUGGCUUGGGCCUUGGCGUCGUCUUUCAUGUCAUUUUCAGAUUCCAUCCAAGUGUCAUUAUGUUAGAAGCAAUAGUUCGUGUUUGGGUAGGCAUUGUUGGUCUGACGGCUUUAUUCACGUCAAUGCAGUGUUUCAUUGAUAGCUCCUUCUUAGCAGAGAGGAUCUACACAUUGGAAAAAGAUGCAGUUAACCCAGCUUUUGGCAGAUUGUUUGGCACCUGGACUUGUCUUGCAGGUGUGGUCAGGAUUCUCUGGGCCCUAUUCACGAGAAGUAAACCCUUAUACCUCGCUACGCUGUUCUCGUUUGUGCUAGCUCUGGUCUAUUUCUUGGCAGAGUUCCUGAUAUUUAAGACCGCGGCGCUUACAGUCGGAGUGAUAUCACCACUCAUUGUUGCAGGUGGUUCUACGAUCCUGAUGAUUGUUGCAUUUCCUGGAAUAUUUCACAGCCGGGACCCAUCAGAGGGGCUUCAGUUAAAGAAACACUGAUGAAUUUACUUCCAUUGGUUUAACAAAUAUUGGAACUGUGUAACCGACAAGUUACUGUUAAAGGGUGGCAGCAAUAAAUUUUCAUUGACACUUUUCUGCAACUGGGUACUAUUUACUGUAUUUGACUUGCCUGUGGGUUAAAUUGGAAAAGUGCACUUUUCAAACUUUAAAAAUUGCCCAUGCUUUCCAGGACAUUAAGGGCACAGGGAAGACAUGGGUCAGUGCAGUUUUUUCAGCAAGUGUCAGCAAGUUUUUUUUGGUCAAACUAUGAACCCAGAAGUUUCUCUCAGAAAGCAUUUUUGAAAAGAGGCUGCUCACUGACUCUUUGCUCUGUAUUUAGACGACAUCGAAUCACCAAAGAAAAAAUUCAGGCCAGCAAAAUAUUAAAACAUCCAGCAUUUUUUUUGCACAAACCAAUGUAACAUUGACAUUUUCGUGCCGAGAGGACAUCACAGUUUGCUCAUGAAUAAAGAAAUAGGCAUUAGUAUAAAAACGAGACAGCUGAAUUCCCAUUUAAAUUGAGCAAAAUUUGAGUUGAAACUCAAAGGUUCAUUUUGAAGGUUUGUAUUAAAUACAUUUUGCAGAAACCCUUUAGAUAGAUAAAUUGUGACCCACAACCCCAAUAGAUUAGGUUAACUGAUGAAAUGUUUUUUAAUGUGUGCGCUGGCACACCUUGUUAUUGCUCAAUAUGAAUAACAGUAAGUAUGAAUAACAGUAAUAUGAAUUAAAGGCACUGUGCCCCUUCCCCCUAAAGAGCCACGAGACAAGUUAGCUAUUUGCUUAAAACAAGAAAGGGUCCAGUCGUGUUAGCACAUACAGUGGCUUCCCAGUGGUUGUAAAUUGUCAUCUUAAAACUUUCAAACCUGUUGUAUUUUUGCAUCAGAUUUAUGAAAGUGAAGAUUUUAUUAAUAAUUUCGUUGGGAGCAAAAGUUGUUGUCCACUUCAAACAUUAAAAGAGAAAUUGAUUGUUAAUCAAAAGAACAGAAACUCACUACUGAUGAGUUUGUACUCAGUCUACAGCCUAAAUUCUGGGCGAGAGAUGUGUCGCAGGUUUUAAAAUCACCGGUAAAAAGUGUAUAAAAAUGGGGAGAUAUGUAGUGUGACUGGACUGACUCGCCCCUUUUAUGCUUUCUGUUAAACGUCAUAGCCUGAGUUUUUUCUCUAGUUGAGCAUGAAAGUGGGUGCAUACGAUCACGGAGGAUUCUACUUACUUAUGUGUACAUGUUUCGUACUUCCAUGCUGGUUCCACUAGCUUCUAGGUUUAACCUCGACCCCACUUUUGCUUGUUCAACCAUAUGUGAUGAUGCAACUUAAAAUAAGCAAGGGAUGAUUCUUUUCUUUCGCAGGAGGCAUCCACUUUGAAAGCCAAGUUUAUCACAUUAUCCCUUCAUGGAGCUAUUGAUAGCUAAAUAAUAGCAUUUGUCCUGUCAACCCUAUCAUGUUGAUUUUGAUAAUAAUAUAAAGUGCUCUGUACUGUCCACUCAACAAACCAGUAUGUGUGUUCAUCGGGCGCGUUUCAUGAGCUCAUACAGGGCAACCCUGACCUGGGGGUGGUCGUGUGUGCUACGUUGUGCAUUGUACGCAGUGUUAGAUUUUUUUGUGGACGGGGAAAAAGCAAGAUCUUUUUAUUCAUUUUGGGGUCACGAUCAGUGGGGUACACAUUAAAUUUACGUUGUUUCU